UCUACAGGAGACCAUUAUCUGUUAACAGGAGAGUAUCUCAUUAUCAACGACAGUAAAAUCUAAUCUCAAAAUCACGAAGUAUCAACAGGUGAUCCCACCAUAGCCGAGCUCCAGGAGCAGUCGACCUGCAGGUAGUUGAGGCCUCACAGCAUGAAAGUUUCAGUCCCGAGCCUGAGUCUGUCCUCAAAGAUGAUAUCAGCGGAGGGGAACAUCAUAUGAAAUGGAUACUCCAUUUAGAAUGCUGUGAUUGUAAGUAUGUGAUUUCGAAAUUGAAGAAGAGGCAGACGAAGCGAUGGGCACUCCUGAGUGUUGCGCCAAUGGUGGGGCUGGCUGCCCACAAUCUCUAUCUUUCUUUUCUUUAUAUACACAGCCUUCUCCAGAGACCAAAUAAACCCGAGAUCUAAUAGUCUUUCCGGUGGAAAAUCUCUCACUCUCUCAUCAUUUGAGCGGUAACUUAUCGAAGAUGGGAGUGGCACGAGCUUUGGUCGUUGGCCUUCUAAGAAUACUGAUGAUCCUGAUACUCGGCAGUUGGGUUUCUCUUUGGCUUCUGAAACCUACUGACUUAUGGACCAGAAAAUGGCGCAGAGCCGAGGAUCACGUUAGGACUGCCAUACUCGGCUAUUAUGGUCUUAACUUUGCUGUCUAUACUUUUCCUAUCAUUGCGCUGGCCAUCAUUGGACUGGUUUACCUGAACUUCAAGUCCAUCGAGAUGAGGCGAAGGCGAUCAAGAAGUGCAGUCACUGCUCUCUUCAAUCCACUUGUAGUGAGCAGUCUUCUGGGUGUCGUGUCUGCAGCAGAAAUUCUAGCGAUCUGCCUCUUCAUUCUGUUCCUCGUAUGGACUUUUUAUGCCCGAAUAUAUAAAGAUUUGAAAAACUUGAUGCCAAUUAAAUCGCUUGCGUUGAACACAUGGCAACUGAAGUACUUAAGGGUGGCAACUCGGUUUGGCCUGUUAGCAGAAGCCUGCUUGGCUCUUCUACUCUUUCCGGUCUUGAGAGUGAUGCCGCUCUUCCGGGUUAUCGGCAUCCAGUUUGAAUCUUCCAUCAGGUACCACAUAUGGCUCGGGACUGCACUGAUAUUCUUUGCAACUUUUCAUGGGGCGAGCACGCUCUUUGUAUGGGCAAUCAGCCACCACAUUCAAGAUGAGAUCCGGAAAUGGCAAAAAACGGGUCGAAUAUACCUGGCGGGGGAGGUCGCUCUCAUGACAGGCCUUAUUAUUUGGGUCACAUCUCUUCCUAUGAUAAGGAGAAAGCGGUUCGAGAUCUUCUACUAUGCUCACCAUCUAUACAUGGUCUUCCUAUUGCUCUUCUUGUUUCAUGGGGGAGACCGGCAUUUCUAUACAGUCUUUCCUGGAAUCUUUUUGUUCGGCCUCGAUAAGAUACUGAGAAUCAUUCAGUCGAGACCCAAAACUUGCAUUCUCUCGGCAACAAUUUUCUCUAGCAGAGCUAUGGAACUCACUAUACCAAAAGACCCGAGAUUGAAGUAUGCCCCUACAAGCAUUGUCUUCGUGAAGAUUCCGAGGAUAUCAAAACUCCAAUGGCACCCUUUCAGCAUAACCUCGAGCUCUGCUGCUGAUGAAGAGAUGAUCACUAUCAUAGCCAAAUGCGAAGGGAAGUGGACUAAUGAUCUCUAUCGGAUGAUACACGAGGAGCUCGCUUCAGAUGCUGGGCAGACUAACUGCCCACCUGUAUAUAUUGAAGGCCCUUACGGUCCUCCUUCGAUUAACUUCCUCAGAUAUGACAGUAUACUUCUAAUCGCUGGCGGGAUCGGGGUAACCCCAUUUCUGAGCAUAAUCCAGGAGAUUGGAUCUUCCCAAAGUAGUGGCAAUUUUAGAUUUCCCGAACGAGUUCAGCUCAUUUAUGUCAUGAAGAAGUCGCAGGACAUUUGCCUACUGCGCUCGAUCUCGCAUCUUCUAUGGAAGCAAACGGGGGAAAAACAUCAUCUGAAGCUGAAAGUUUAUGUAACCCAGGAAGAGCAGUCUGAUGCGACUUCAAGAACAAUAUUUCAAGAUGGUUUUUCUCAAGUCCGGACAGUGCAUUUCAACCCGAAAUCGGCUAACCAUACAGCCCAUGGGCCGGGGACUCUGCUCGAGAUGGCCGCUAUUGCCCUGAUUGCUGCGAUCCUCUUCUUCGUGCUCCUUCUGAGUCUCAACCAUAUCUUUCUUCCUCAACAAAAGAAACCCGUCAAGCCCAAACUUAAGGCGAAGGGUCUCGAAGCCAAAGACAAGAUUCCAUCCUCGGUGAUCGACUUGAUACUUGUGGCUUCAUUCCUCCUAUCUAUCGUAGGGAGUGCCAUAUUGGCAAUCCUAUUGAGAUGGAGGCGGCUUAAGAAGGAGAUACCACCUUCCCCCCCCAAGAAAGCCGGCAACAGAAAUCUCUACGAAACAGAUCCUAGAGGAACAGGAGCAGAUGAUCUCGAGGAACAUGAGAUCUACUUUGGCGGCAGGCCGAACUUCCGAGAUAUAUUGUCAAAGUUUCCGGGUGAGUCAGGAGGGUCCAAUGUCGUAGUGCUGGUGUGCGGACCUGAGUCCAUGAAAGAGUCCGUGGCCAGAGCAUGCCGAGAAAUUCACCCGGCUUCUAGUGCUAGGACAAGACCAAAAUUCACCUUCCACUCCCUCAACUUCGCUCUCUAAUCCCACUCCAGUACACAAAUACAUGUAUAAAUCUUGCAGCUAUUCCUCCUAUGCAUGUCGCCGCAACUGCACUAUGAUUAAUUAGGAAAGUGCAUGAAAAUGCAUACUCAAUACGAAUUUCGAAGCAAUGAGCUUUUGUUUCUCGAAUUA